GACGUGAGGCUGAUGAGAGAACAAGCUGUAGAUCAGUACAGUGUAGUGUAGACAGUCUGUACAAUACAUAAAGGUACUGUGUUCCGCCCGUCUUGAUCUUGCCUACCCCUAUUUUGACUGAUCAAAGAAUGAGAUUGAAGUGAAAUGUGACUACUGUGGCUACUGGGUUUUCAAGAAUGUCUUCUGAGACAUGUGAGAUAUGCGGCCAGGAAGGGUUUGUUGAUGAAGCAGAGGUCAGAACUCAUAUGCUUCUGGAUCACGAGGAAAACUCAGGGUCUUGUCCGCUGUGUGACCUUGCCCAUGUGACAAUUGAAGAACUGUCGUACCACAUGAAUACAGCACAUCGCCAUGUACUCAGUCCAGCCCAUGUUGCAAAGUGUAGCACCAGCGAAUACAGGCAUGGAAGUUGCGUGCAGGACAAUGGAGAUGAUGCUGUGUUGAUAGCAGAAGAAGUUCAUGAGGAAAAUUCUUUGAUUUAUAUUGAGGACUACUUUGCAAAACCAACUGAUACCAAACAGAAUGGAGAGUCUGUUGAUCAGCAAAUGAAUGAUAUUCAUGUGGAUCAUAUAGAUGAUGCUGAAAUUGCCCUAAAAACAGAAAGGGAUGUGAAUCAAGAUAUAGAUAUUAGGGAGCAAGAAAGUCAUUUGAGACAAUCGAUGGAUGAGGAUGGCAUUUCACAGGAUUUGUUUUCUGAGGCAUCAGUAUCUUCAAGCCAAGACCAAAGUGGCCAUGGGGAUGGCCCAAGAGAGUCAGAUGCUGAGUGCUGCAUUAUUGAUGAAUCAAAGGAGAGUUUCAAGGAGAGAAAAAUUGUAAGACUGCAGGCAGGCAGAACAGGGCCAGGGAAUGGGGCACCUUCAGAACAUACCGGUAGAAAGAAUGACCAAAAACAGAUUGACCCAAAGCAGAAUGAACAAAAGCAAGAUGAACCAAAGCCAAAUGACCGUAAACGAGGUAGAAAGGAACCGGAUGUGAGACCCAAAGAGACCCGUCAGUCACAUCGCCUGGAAUCUGCAGAGCGACGGAACAGCCACCAAUCUCUGGAUACGCUGGCGUCAUCCAGGAGUGGGAAUGAGAGUGUUGCCAGUGAGACCAGCAGUCCAUUCCGUAAGCUCUUCAGAACGCUCACAGGAAGGACUGCUGAAGCAGAGACUGAGGACAAGAAGGAACAGAGUGGGAUAUGGGUUGAUCUCACCAAUGACUCUGAACCUGAUCUCCUUGAUGAUGAUGAGCUCAUGUUCAUUGAAGAUGCCCAACCAGCAGAAGAGAUCCAGUGGGAAGAUAUCCCCAGCACUAGCAGUGUGGACAACCCGCACUCCACCUCUACACCAACAAAAGCAAAAUCAAAACCAACAGAAGGUGUGAAAGUUAAGACCCCGAACCCUGAUAAACCAACUCUCCUCAGCCUAAGCAAAGCUUCAAAGAAUGUGCAAUCACCUAUCCUCUGUCCAAUAUGUGGACUUGGCAGCUAUGAUGCUGAUUUUCUGAAUAGCCAUGUCAACACAGAACAUCCUGAAGGUGCUAUAGAAGUAAAGAGCACCGAGAAUAGACCAUCUGAAGGAGGAGCUGUUGGAGGAGGAGAUAUCACUUGCCCUGUCUGUGGGUUAGUUGGGCUAGUCACUGAGGAAAUGAAUGCACAUGUUGAAAGCCACUUUGCAGAGGGACCAUCAACUGGAGCGGCUGGUGCUGGCAGCAGUCGCAGAGGACAGAAUGAUAUGACAGAUGUAGAUAGGAAGCUUGCUGAACAACUGGCUGAGGAUGAGCGGCGAGAACAGAAAAGGAAAGAGGAAGAAGAAUUUAAGAAGUUAAAGGCCAUGUAUGGGGCAGAUGGAAGCGGGAAUUUCAGGAGACAGAGUGAGCGCAACUCCUCCAAAGCAGUGUGGCGGGGUCAAAUGACCCCAUUAGAAUACCAUCAGCAAAAUCAAGCUAUCCGAGAAGCAAUGGCUACGGGAAUCGACUCUGGCCAAUCUCGGACAAAAGAUAUCAUUCCUAGACUGCUUGAUUACUACAACAACAAGGUCCAUGGUGUCUCCUAUGCACGGCUCUCCCUCAAUCUAGAUCACUUCUCCUCCUCUAUGGGUGAUUCCGGAUGGGGCUGUGGAUACCGCAACAUCCAGAUGAUGCUAUCCGCUUUGGUAGAAGAUCCUCAAUUCAAACAGGUUGUCUUUAAUGGAAGGAAAGAUAUUCCUUCUAUUCCAAGAAUUCAGCUUCUAAUAGAGGAUGCGUGGAGUAAGGGGUUCGAUGCCCAAGGUCGCGACCAGCUGAAUGGCAAAGUUCAUAAUACCAGGAAGUGGAUCGGCGCCACUGAAGUUGUAGCCAUGUUCUCAGCUCUCCGGAUAAGAUGCAAACUGUUUGACUUCCAUGCACCCAGUGGUCAGAAUGGUACCCAUCCACGUCUCUUUUCCUGGAUCAGGGAUUACUUUGGCAAACCACCUCUGCUCUCUAUGGAAAACUCUGUGAGAUCCAACAAGCUACCACUCUAUUUCCAGCAUGAAGGGCACAGCAGAACUAUCAUUGGCUAUGACAUGAUGAAAGACAAGUCAACUAGAAUUCUGCUCUUUGACCCCAGUCUUAGAGUCAACGAAGCCAAUUCUCUCAGGAGAGGCGAUAUCACUGGUCAUUCUCUGAAGCCAUUGAGGAAGACCUUGAACCAAAUGAAAGCCAAACAAUAUCAGAUUGUCUGCAUUGAAGGAAUCAUCACAUCGGAUCAAGAAUAUGAGAGAAGCAAGAUGUUGACUUCACAACGCAUUCUGUAGCUGAAAUAAUAAAAAAAAAAUCAGCAAACAUUCAAUCACCAAAUACCAUCUCAUCUCAGGAAUAUUGGUAACAUUCUACAGGGUCUCUACCACUAUCAAAAGGUAAUGGACUUAAUGCAGUAAACAUACAUAGAAGUGACGCUAUAUCAAUACUGUGCUAUAUAUUCACGGCUUUAUGAAAUGACCCCCGGGGCCCCAGAAGGUUAUUACAAUCAGUUGUAAAUGUGAAUUGUAUCUCUGUGCUACUGGGGCCAUGUCUUGCUGUAAGCAUGGAAGUUUCCAGAGUAUUCAUAUAGAGCCAUGUAUCAAGAGAAUCUGGUCAACUAAUUUUUAUUAUUUUUUUUUUUGUAUAGCAGGGGCAUAAGAAAAUGAGUUUGAGACCAAAUGGAACAAUUAAUGGUCUAAAUCCAAAGCUGCCAAGUAGUACAGAUUUUCUGUAUUUAUUACUGAAAAAUGAGAAGAAUACUGAUGGUUUCCUUCAAAAUACUGAUUUCUAAUGUCCCAGAUUUGGAUGUAGUCUUCUGGUAUUUCUUUGAAAAUACUGAUUUUCAGCUGUCAUAAUACUAAAAUGUUCUUGUUCAGGUUGCCAGCUCUGUAAAUCUCUUGACAUAUGGUUCUGUGUUACUGCUUUCAGUAAGUCACUGAUCCGGACCAGUCCCGGUCUAAGUUGUAAAAUUUUUAGUUUAUGAAUCGAGUGGGCUAUUUUAGCCCAUGCCGGGCCCUGGCUAUUUUGGUGCUACGUUUAUCAGCACCAGACUAGCCCCAGUUCUGCGUUUUUUAAUGGGUGAACGUAAAAGGAGCGCUGCUCUGACAUAGCUACUGAACAAAAUUUUUAUUGUGUAGUGGGGACUAUUUUUAGCGCGGGCCUGGUGCGGACCAAAAAUCAUUAGUUACUGAAAACAGUAUGUGACUAUAAAGCUACAUGUACUCUGACUCCACCACUAUAUCAUACAGGGAUUAAACUUUAUGCACAAAUAGCCUGCAGACAUCUAUGACAAAACCUUCAUUUUUACAGCAACUUUCUAAUGUCAUGAUACAUUUUCUUUAAUGGUUUAUUUUGAAUCUGAGUUAAAUUAAAUAUUUUGUUACAUAUGUUAUAAUAAAAUGGGUUAUUUAUUUCAGGUUGUAUUUACCACUAAAAGCUUUCAACUGUAUGUAGUAGUAGGAAAUGGUUUGUGUAUUCUAUGCAACAAAAUAUGUCAACAACCGUACAGUGCCAUUUCUUAGCUUUCAUUUGUUCAUCAUGCAUGAGGCUUUAAGAUUUUGCAGUGAAAGGGAUGGUUUGAAAAGCAAUUUGGAGCACUGUUAACCAUUGUUGUUUUGUUCACUAUUUAAAAAUGAAAUACUUCUGUACACACAGUAAUACAUGUAUUUCCUGAUCACACAAGAAGUUUUGGUCACAUUCAAAAUUAAUGUUCUAUAGAUUAAUGUUCUAUGGAACCAUUGCUAUUUAAACAGCAUAUUAAACUCUUUACAUUUCAGACAAUGAAUUUGAAAAAAAAACACUUAAGAAUAUUACAUCAUGUAUUUCUAACCAGUUAUGUUGUUUGUACAAAUAUUUGUUACUAUGUGGAAAGAGUAAUUAGUGUGUAUUUUUGCCAUUAUUGUGCCUCACAAUGAAUUUUAUCUAUCUUCUUGUUGAUUGCCAAAAAUAAGAUCACCAAAUUAUCAUAUUUAUUUAAUUUAUAGAUGCUUUGAACUUCAUUUUAAUUCUUUCUUUGUAUUCAUUAUGUAGAUAUUUGUUUAGAACGAAUUUGGAACUAAAGUUUGAUUGUCUUUAUCCUGUUUCCUCUAUAUUUUCAUUGUCACAAGAAAUUUUGUUGCUUUUUCACAUUAAGUAGGAGUCAUGUUUACCAAUUACAUGAGUCUUAAAGCAUUGCUCAGUGAUUUUUGAGUGACAGUCGUUAUAAACUACUGAAAUCGUUGCAUUUGAUUGGCUGAGAUAAAAUGUCAGUCAAAAAGAUGUUUUGUGAGAUGCUUCAUUUCUUUACUGACUUGUUUUUAGCCUUUCCUGAUGAAGAGCUGUUUUAUUUAUUACUCAAAUUUGGUAAUGCAGUGGAAAUCAUCAUAGUUUGAAAGGGGCAUUUUCUCAUUUAUAAUUUCGCUAUUAUGAAUCAUUUCAGCUCAAGUUAAAUCCAUAUUUUUUUUCAAAGUAUAAAUGAAAAGAAAGUAAUGGUUGCUGUCAAUUUGAGGAUCACAAAGAUUUAAUUUGACUUUGUGAAAGCUGUGCACCUUUAUCGGGUAGCCAAUUAUUUGUGUGCUCCUUAUGAAUAUGAGUACAAGAAAAAAGGAUAAAUAUAAAAAAAAAACAGGUCUAGGGACCCAAGAACCUCAUCCUUAUAUACUAUGCAAAGGUAUCCAGUUCAUUUAAAUGUGCAUCUAUACAUAACAAGGUCCUUUAUGUUAAGAGUUGUAAUUAAAAUCUUUUUGCAUAGAAAAUAAUACACAUGACUUUGUAUAUUCAAAUGUAUCACACAGGUAUGUAUUUAUUGUGCAAUAUAAGUUACUUCCCUACAUAUGUGUAUUUUUUAACAAAUACAGGACUGUUAGAUUAUGCUAUGAAUGCACAAUAAUGUGCCAAUCUUGUCAUUUUACAAGUCUGAUUUUCAAAAUUUUGCCUGCCUGUCAUUUGUUUGAAGGUCUCAUGUCUAUUGUAAUGUAUGUAGCUCAUGUGGAAUGCAGAAUCAAUGCCCUGUCAUUUUGCACAACUUUUUUUAUGUAAAGCAUACACUUUUCUCACCCAAAUGUGAAGGCAUAAUACUGUUCGAUAGAGCAUCCACAUAUUAUGUCAUUUUACAACUCAGAUUUGCUAAAUCCUACAUGCCAUAAAAACAAUACGGCCUGGCUAUACCAAAAGCCUUGCUGCAUACUUAUGGAGCAACAAAUGGAAUUACAUAUUUUCCUAAUAACUACGCAGGACUAGGACCAAAGCCUUUGUAAUGUUACAUAUAUAUAAGUAACCUUUUCUCUAAAGAAUGGACAUGAAUAUUUUUUACAAGCAUUUAUAUUUUCAAAUAAUUAUACAACCAUACAAAUUAAUGUCAGUGUGUAUUUGUUUAUAUACCUUGUAAAAACAGAAUCACUUUAGUUGUAGACAAUUAUCUGGAUAUUUCAUGAUUGGGCAAUUAGGACCUCAUACUUUUAAUAAUUUGCACGAAAAUACAUUGCCAGAUUUUCUAAGUUGGACUGGAGUAGUUUGGGGCUUACUAUUAUGUGUUUUCAGUGUAAUUAAUGUAGAAACAUGCAGCUGUUUAUAACUGAUCAAGCCUUUAGGUCACAUUAUGUCUUCCUCUCAUUAGCUGUAAUCAUUCAGUGAAAUAAUGUAUUUAACAAUUAAUAGGUUCAGAAAAGAUACUUCUCAAUGACUGUAGUUUUUAUGACUUUAUAGAAAUAAAGAUGUAUAGUUUUAUUG